UAUCGUCAGCAAGUUGAUGAGCGAAUGUUCGCCCAACUUAAGCAUUUAUAUUUAAUGCUCAAAAGACUUGAGGAAAGUACAAAUAAAAUUAAAGCCAGGCUAGGUCGCCUGGAAAGGCAUCAAGAAGAACAAGAGAACGAUCUCUCUGCGCAAGUGAUAGAUUAUGACCUGUCGCCCCAGUAUGAACCUGAAGCAGGUUCUUCAUCAUUUCAGCAAUCAUCACAACAUCAAACGGAACUUUCACAGGAGGAUGCUGAUGAUUUAUUUGGUUGCAAUGAUUAA